GAGAGGCGGGCAGGGUGGUGGUGAUUAAGGCUCCUGGGUCUCCCAGGCCGGCACUUCCCUUCCCCCUCCCCGGUCACUCCUGCUUUCAGUGCCCGAGUUUCUUCCUCUGCCAGGUCAGCCAUGUCAUCUGAACCUCCUGCGCCACCACAGCCCCCCACCCACCAGGCUUCAGUCGGGCUGCUCGACACCCAGCGGGCCCGCAACCGCUCACCAUCCCCGCUCCGGAGCAAUGUGGUCCCCAGCCCACUGCCCACUCGCCGGACCAGGACCUUCUCCGCACCUCAACUUCCUCAGCUGCAAAAUGGGGACAGGAGCAGGGCUGCCACGGCGCUGCCGAGGAUGCACACGGUGCCUGGCAGAUGCAGACCUCAGGCCCAGACGGUGAGGGCCUCGCAGGGCCCCAUCUACAAAGGAGUGUGCAAAUGCUUCUGUCGCUCCAAGGGCCACGGCUUCAUCACCCCAGCUGACGGCGGCCCCGACAUCUUCCUGCACAUCUCCGACGUGGAAGGGGAGUACGUGCCGGUGGAAGGCGACGAGGUCACCUACAAGAUGUGUUCCAUCCCGCCCAAGCACGAGAAGCUGCAGGCCGUGGAGGUGGUCAUCACCCACCUGGCGCCGGGCACCAAGCACGAGACCUGGUCCGGCCACGUCGUCAGCUCCUAGGAGAGGCCAGGAGCGCCCCUUCUCCUGGGCUUGUGGGAGACCGCGGGGAGGAGGGGGCAGGACCGGACUGGAGAUGACAUUCCCCUGCCCGAGAUGGGCUUCAGAGCGGGGAGCGUGGUCCCUUUCAAGUAUCUCCUGGUGGAAGGGGGUCGGGUCGGGGGCAGGCACAGGGUGUCUGGGCCACCAGCAUAGCCUCUGACCAUCACAACAACUGCACCAUCUGAAAAGUAUUAAAAGCAUUGAACAAGGAGAGGCCCCGGCUGGUGUAGAGGGUGCGGCCCUCGCCCAGGGGGUGGGUCAGGUGGUAUUUCUCCAGCCCAUGGAGUCCCUCAUCCCCAUCCCCCUGGGGUGGGAGGCUCAGAACUCGGCCGGGUGGUGACAUACUUGGAUUCUGUGUGUUUCCCCAGCAUGAAUUCCCACCGUAGCACCCCCUUCUUGUGUCUCCCUGGCCCUGGGCAGAGCAGGCUUUUUGAUUCUAGGCUUGGUUGGUUCCAGGGGAGCUGGCUUCAGGGGGCAGGGGUGGGAGGAGUGGGAGGGUCUUAGGUGCCUUUGCAGCGAGAGGUGUCACAGCUGGGGGUCAGGAAAAGUUUUCCCAGGAGCCCUUAGCCCUCCACCUGGGAAAGCCGUGCUGAGAGCUGAAUUCUAACCCUUAGAAGCCUGGUCUUCUCCAGCUGCCUUCAAGCUGAGUGAUUAGGUCCCAGCAGCCAUUGCACAUCCCCUCCCUGUUAUUUAGGUGGUGGAUGGGGAGGGAGGAGGGAGCGUAGAGGGGAGGGUGUUUGUUUUAAAACAGACCUUUCUCCUGAUCCUUCCAGAAAAGAGUAAGUAGCUUGCUUUCUGACAGCCUGGGAAAGUCAGACGCUGGAGAAAUACACGUUGAGUGAAGGGGUUGUCUUGAAAACAGGCGUGAAGAAAUGUGAGGAGUUUUUCUUUUUAAGUAACUGCCGCUCUCACCGGAGCCAGCUCUGUUUGCGCUUUCUGCCGACAUGGCGAGCCUUUGUAGCUAGUUCCAGUAAACAGAUCUUCUCUAGGAUUGCAUUUGCUGUGCUUUGGUUUGGCUGUCGUUGGGAUUUUUAAGUAGAACUAGCUGGGUAAUGCGUUUGAAAUAUGUGGCUGAUGUGGAGUCGGGAAUCCAUUUGUCAGCGUGGAAAGUGAACCCUUUAAAGCUGGCUUUGGGCAGACAGGGUGUUCCAGACCGAAGACCGAAGACGGGGCUUUGGGGGCGGGAAGCAGUCCUGGCCCCCAGUCGUCUGCAUUCUGGGACGGCCUCGUCGGAGGGGUGGGAGGCUCGAACUGCUUGGCCGCUGGCUGGCGCAGUUGUUUUAACACAAAGUGUGUGUGAUGACGUGUGUGCAGUGAAACACCACGGAUAGUGAUUCCAUCUGCCUUUUCCUGGCCCAUCGUGCCCCUUGCACGGCUCUCUGCCUCCUGCCUUCGCCUUCUGCUGGGUCCAAGGUGGCCUUUUCCCCGCGAGCCUCGGGUGUGCCCAGGUGGCCCCUGGAGGCUGCCUGUUGGGUACAGACCACACUUCUGGAGCCACUUCUGCCAGGAGCCCCAUCUUUUGUGUGACCCCACAGACUCCGCCUGCCAGUGGGUUGGGAUCGGAUCUGCUGUUCGGAGGUGACCUGUGUGUGGAAUCCUUUGCAAAUUGCUCCUGCAGUCCUUCCUGUGUGACCAGCUCUUCAAUGGGUAUUCCAGAGCCGCACGAUGUCCCCAGAGCUGGAAGGGACGCUCUCCCACUCAGUCCCAACAUAUAGAACCUGCUCUGGGCUCUGGAGGACUGGGGUGUUGGUGAGCGAGAUGGGAGUUGCACCCGGGAUUCCUAAAUCCGAAUCUUUCCUCCCACCUUCCUGUCAAUAAAGGUUGUUUUGUGCA